UGAAAGGUAGUUGCCGAAGUUGUCAGGGGCAGGCAAGAGUCCACGGGAGCGAGAAGUGUUGUGGAUUACAAACACACCCCGAGCAGGAAAGGACGGGGAAGAGGAUACUGUCCGAGAAAAAGAAAAGAAAACAACAACUUUUCAUCUGGACAAAGCGGCAGCUCCAAGGACAAGACAGGUUAGCUGUGAUUUAACUUCGCAGAGGAGCACCGGAGAUUACCGUCCUCUCCCUGAGGGACUCACAGGCGGAGACACGUUCAGUUCUUCUGCAGAGCCAUGGUAAUAAAUAUUUCCCUCUUAUGCUGAGCUGCCUUGUGGGACAGUCAGAGGCAUCAUGGCGGAGCUGCCUAUAGCCCCGGGCCAGAUCUACAUCGAGGUGGAUUACGACUAUGAGUACAAGUCCAAGGACCGCCUCAUUACCAUUCGCGAAGGGGAGCGUUACAUGCUGGUCAAGAAAACGAAUGAGGACUGGUGGCAGGUGAGGAAAGAUGAAUCCACAAAGCCAUUCUAUGUACCUGCUCAGUAUGUGCGGGAGGUUCGCAAAGCCCUCAUGCCGCCACCCAAACCCAUCUCGCAUUCCCUCGCUGCGUCUGGAAACUCGAAUCCGCAAAGUGGCGCCGCACUCUGGGUGAAACCAACCAGUCUGGACCUGAGCCCCAACAAUCGGCCCUCAGAGUCCCUCCAAAGAAACGAGUCCAAAACCCGGCGCUCUCCUUCAGCACAGACUGCCUCUUCUGCUCACUUCAGUCCACCGAUACACCGCAGGGACACUAACCACCAUCACACUCCCGGUACGCCCACGGAGCACGAGCGAGCUCUGGCUGAAAUCCUUGUUCAGGGCGGCGCUCUACAGCCUCCCCAGAAAGGGCGCUCCAGCACCCUUCCGCGCAACCGACCGCGAUCGCCUGACAUGGUGAGGGCUCCUUUAGACCUGGACGUAUCCCAGCACUGCGACUCUGCAGGAGAGGAAAGACGCACCAAUGAUUCGGAGUCAGGAGAUGAACUGAGCAGCUCUUCUACUGAACAUCUCCAGACUGUUUCUUCAGGCCAAGGCCGCCCAGAAUCUCCAGUCUACACCAACCUCCAGGAACUGAAAAUCACCAAGACAAGUCUACCCCCCGUGCCGUCUGGCUCACCCAUUCAUUCAGUCGGCGACUGGGAGACCUACAAGGACCACAGCGGCAGACACUACUACUGCAACCGCUCCACCCAUGAGAGAACCUGGAAGCCCCCGAGGACCAAAGAAGCUGGCAGCGGGAACUCCAGGGAGGACAGACACAGCACUGGGGGGAGCUCUGAGACAACUCCUCUCUCGCUCUCGCCAUCUUUCCUUCCCUUCCUGUCGCUGUCCGUCGGAGGACUCCAGCCUCUGUCCUCAGAGGACGCCUGCUUCAGUGCCUACUGUAGCCAGUCAGACAGCCAGUAUGGCUCGCCUCUGCGCGGCUGGUCACAGGAGAUGGACGAACACGGGCACACGCUGUACGUCAGCGACUAUACUAACGAGAAGUGGUUAAAACAUGUUGAUGACCAGGGAAGACCUUAUUACUACAGCGCUGACGGCUCCAGGUCAGAAUGGGAGCUGCCCAAGUACCUCUCGCCACCUCAACCGAGCGACGGACCAAAAAGUCGCAGUUUGGACAGGAAGAACGCGGAGCCCAUCGUCCUGACAAAGUGGAGACACAGCGCCUACGUCCAGGAGCCGAGUGAAAAGGAAGCUCCUCAGACUCCCAAGUCUCCCCCUCCUGACUAUGACUUGAGCCCAACGUCACCCAAGUCUCCCGGCUCUUCGUCUGAAAAGUGCGGUGUUCUCAAUGUGACGAAGAUUACAGAGAAUGGGAAGAGAGUUCGGAAAAACUGGACUUCCUCAUGGACAGUCCUGGACGGUUCAACACUGCUGUUUGCCAAAGGGCAAGGAGGAGGGUCAAGCUGGUUUGGAGGCAGUCAGUCCAAACCAGAGUUCACUGUGGAUCUCAAGGGGGGUUCGGUGGACUGGGCCCCAAAGGAAAAAUCCAGCAAGAAGAAUGUUCUCGAGCUGAAGAUCCGCCAUGGCACGGAGCUGCUCCUGUGGUCUGAAACUGACAGCGUGGUGAAUGAGUGGCUAAAGGCUCUGCAGGACUCCAUCAGUGCAUAUGCCUGUGAGUCCGAUGAGGCCAUUGAGGAGGACAUGCCCGAGUCACCUGGUGCAGAGAAGCAGGACAAGGAGAAAGACCAAAGGCUCUCCAAGAAAGACAAAGCCAUGAAGCCCUCGGCUAGCGUGGAGGCUACAGACAACAAGAAGACUCGGCACAAGCUGAAGAAGUUCCUGGCCCGCCGACCCACCCUGCAGAACGUCAGAGACAAAGGAUACAUCCAAGAUCAGGUUUUUGGCUGCAGCCUGUCCAGUCUGUGUCAGCAGGAGAACAGCACGGUGCCGACCUUUGUCAAGAUGUGCAUCGAUCACGUGGAGAAUAACGGUCUGUAUAUAGACGGGCUGUAUAGAGUGAGCGGGAACCUGGCGGUCAUACAAAAGCUACGCUUUGCUGUCAAUCACGAUGAGAAGGUGAACCUUGGCGACGGGAAGUGGGAGGACAUCCAUGUGAUCACUGGGGCUUUGAAGAUGUUCUUCAGGGAGCUGCCCGAGCCCCUCUUCACCUACGCUCUGUUCAGCGACUUCGUCAGCGGCAUCAAAAUAUCAGACUACAAGCAGCGGGUGCAGGCCAUCAAAGAGCUGGUGAGACAGCUGCCCAAGCCCAACCACGACACCAUGCAGGCGCUCUUCAAACACCUCAGGAAGUAAGAAAAGUCAC